AAGAUCAGAAGUCAUGGAGUCUGCAUCAGCUUCUCGUAUUUACACACAGAUCGAACCCAAUUAUCAGUGGGUUCCAGGGGAGGAGUUUGACACCCUCCUUGUUGAUGUCUCAGAAUUCACGAAGCAGCAGUUGAAGGUCCAAGCUGACACAGAAAGGAACCUGAUCAUUAGCGGUGAGCGUCCGAUGGAAGGCAAUCGAUGGUGCCACUUCCUAAAGAGCUUCCAACUCCCAGAGGAUUGCAAUGCGAGGAUGAUCAAAGCCAAGCUUGAUGAAGGAAUUCUCUACGUGGUAGUGCCAAAGACAACGGCCGAAGACCAUCCAUCACAACAAACCAAUGGGCGUGCAUACAAAGAACAGGAUGUUGAUGAGAAGAAAGAGGGACUGACAAAGCAUAGGCAAUGGAUACUAAAUAUUCUUGUGGCCAUCAUUGUUGUAGCAGGGCUUGGGGCAUACGCAGGAUAUAAAUUGAGUCAUAAAAGAGACACCUAAGAAAUGUAAUGUGCCAUUGAUGCAAAAGGAUGCUACAUGGAUUAAAUGUCACAACUAUUGUCAAUAAAAACAAUAUUUCAGGGGAUAACCCUGGCU